GUCAAAACAGCGGGAAAAAUAAGAGAAUGAAAGUGAAGGAAAAAGAAAAAAUACAGAAAGUUGAAUAAAAAAAAGAAAACAGAAAGAAAAGGAAAACAGGAUCGCGCUGCACAAAGCGCGGACAAGGCCGUAAAUCAUCAAGAUCUGCUUUGUUUUUCUGUUUUUUGUUUUUUGUUUUUUCAUUUUUCAAAGUAUAAUAACUGAGCAAUAAGAUUUCAUUCUCCAUGUUAUGAUCACAAACUCGUUGAGUUUUGGACGUAUUUGCUGUGGGUGAGCCUUGAAUUUGGGGAUUUAUCCGAUUUUUCUCUAUUUUGGAAAAUUUGGGUAGAAAAUCAGAUGCCGGAGGAGGAUUUAGUGGAGCUGAAGUUCAGAUUGUACGAUGGAUCGGACAUCGGCCCUUUUCGGUAUUCGCCGGCGGCGACUGUUGCGAUGCUUAAAGAGAGGAUUGUGACCGAGUGGCCUAAAGACAAGAGAAUAGCGCCGAAGGUAGCAAAUGACGUGAAAUUAAUAAGUGCUGGGAAAGUUUUAGAUAAUAGCAGGACUGUUGGCCAGUGCAAGAUGCCAUUUGGGGAUCUACCUAACGUGAUUAUUACAAUGCAUGCUGUUGUACAGCCAUCUUUGGCAAGAGUGAAAACAGUUGAAGCAGCAAAAACCUCUCUCUCAAAUCCUCAAAUUACAGUUAUGGGCUUGGUCUAUUGUGAUAUCUGCUCCAAUAACUCCUUCUCCAAGCACAGCUACUACUUGCCGGGUGUUGAGGUGAGAAUAGAUUGCAUGUUCAAAGCAAUUUCACCAAGAACUACUGAGCAAAUAUCAUUUUCAGUCAACAGAACUACAAACAAACAUGGGAUUUACAAGUUGGAAGUGCCCUCUGUUGAUGGGGUUCAAUGUGCUAGAGACAAAUAUUUUGGAAACUCAUGCAGAGCUACCCUGAUAUCGAGCUCGUCUUCUUCGUGCGAUGUGCCUGGUUUUUGGACAACAUCGGAAGAGGUUUCGGUAAAAUCCACACAAGCCAAUUUCUGCAUAUACAGCCUCAAUGCAUUGAGUUAUAGGCCAUCCAAGAGAGACACCGAGUUUGUUGCUGGGCAGUUAUGUGCUCCGAAAAAGGGCGUUAGGGCUCCGGCGGCCGCCAAGAAGAAGGCGGAGAAGGUUGUGAAUCCUCUGUUCGAGAAGAGGCCGAAGCAGUUCGGUAUCGGAGGUGCGCUGCCGCCGAAGAAGGAUCUUCACAGGUUCGUGAAAUGGCCGCAAGUUGUGAGGAUCCAGAGAAAGAAGAUGAUCCUGAAGCAGCGUUUGAAGGUCCCCCCGUCAAUUCAUCAGUUCUCUAAGACCCUCGACAAGAAUUUGGCAACUAGCCUUUUUAAGAUGCUUCUCAAAUAUAGGCCUGAAGACAAGGCUCAGAAGAAAGAACGUCUUUUGAAAAGAGCUCAAGCUGAGGCUGAAGGAAAAACUCCAGAACUGAAGAAGCCCAUUGUGGUUAAGUAUGGCCUUAACCACGUCACUUAUCUCAUCGAGCAGAACAAAGCUCAGUUGGUGGUUAUUGCCCAUGAUGUUGAUCCAAUUGAGUUGGUUGUCUGGCUUCCAGCUUUGUGCCGGAAGAUGGAGAUCCCGUACUGUAUUGUGAAGGGGAAAGCUAGGCUGGGCACUAUUGUCCACAAGAAGACUGCCUCUGUUUUAUGCUUGACCUCGGUUAAGAAUGAAGACAAGUUGGAGUUCAGCAAGAUUCUGGAGGCCAUCAAGGCCAAUUUCAAUGAUAAGUACGAUGAGUUGCGCAAGAAAUGGGGCGGUGGUGUCAUGGGAUCCAAGUCUCAGGCCAAAACAAAGGCUAAGGAGAGGCUUCUUGCAAAGGAGGCUGCACAGCGGAUGACUUGAAAAGACAUGUUUUGCCAUAUUGUCUAUUAUUAGCGAUAAAUUCCAAUGAGAGAACUUCUAAUAUGCGCAAGUUUUACCCAUUUUCAUGAUAGACAUUAAUUUUGUUUCAGUUUGUCAGUUUCCCUUUUUGUUCUAGUUUUUGGCUUUUCGAUUGGAACCCUGCAAGAAUUUACUCUGUUCUGUCCUGGUGUGUAGUUACAUUUUUCGGUCGGAUACUUGGAUAACAGGUAAUGUGAGCAUUUUUCAUUUCAAGGCAAAUGUGCAAAAGUUACUGGUUUUGUUUUUUACAAUGCAAAGUAUUACGAGUCAAAAUAGUUAUUA